CUGGCUUUCCCUCUUCUCACCAGAUGCUCUAAGCACCUUGGAGUAUAGUGAACGCUUCCCGAGCACGCAGACAUCAUGCAGGAAAGUUGAAAGGAGAGGAUAUUUACGUAAUUUUUGAGACGCACUUCAAUCUUGGGCGAGUAGCGAAACAUAUCUAAGGAACAGGUCCAGGACUAGUUCUAAACCUAAUCCAAAUACCAGUCCCUCCAAUUCCAACACCCAACCUCGCCAUACCAACACUCUUUUUCUGACCUCUGAGUCCUUCGCUUUUGAGCUGGAGGGUCGGAGCGAACGUGCGAUGCGUUGGUCUCAUCCCCGCCCUCGUUCCGUCUGUGCUAUAUGAUCUUGUUAGAAUCGGUUGUGAACCAUAGAGGCUGGUCACUGGCUGCCUAUGGCAGAGAAGAAUUAAGCGUGUCACAUAUUGUAUCACUCCGCAUUUGCACAUCGUCAGCGAUCCCUCUUGAUUUCUCAUCCACUUUGUGGCGUUCGAACUGUAUAGGAGUUGCACCUCCCUCUUGCGGGGAAGUCACUUUGCUUCCCUUCAAAGAUGUUCCUCAGAGACAUCCCACCCCAUUUUGUCGAGAAGAGCUCGAUCCGACUGCCUCGGGGAUGGACCCACCAUGGCAUUCCUCGCCUCGCACUCCCAUCACUCUCCGUUUUGGGCUCACCCAGCCUUACUUUCACCAGAUUGAAUUCGCAUUGCUUGAAAUAAGCGAUCCAUCCAGCCCCCGAUGGACUGAGCACUUGACCAAAGAAGAGGUCGAAGAGUUGAAAGCAUCGUCUUGCUCGAAUCUUUCCUUGUCUCGCACCAAUGCAUACAAGUCUAAAAGGAACGCGAAGUUCAAUCGGUAUCACCGGGUAGGUAUCAUCACAUCUUAAGUACCUCGAGCAAUAUGCAAACCUUGCUGACUUUAUUCCAUUUUCUAUCGUCCAGCACUGAAGAGUACUCUCCAUGUAGAGCUUAUCAACGGAGCAAUCCUCAGAACAUUUCCGAAGCUGGCAUCGAGGCUAAUUUGGAUGUCCAAUUCGCGGGAGGGAUAUCGAUGAGCUACCUCACC